CUCAGAAGACCUGCUUUUACUAUGCUUUCACCAUAGUCAGACAUAGAAAGUUACAGUUUAAUUACUAAAAUCCUAAUUCGCCGGUCAAGUCUUUAGGUUACUUGUGUAAUGAACAGAGACUAACAUGUUCGAGUCGAACGCUUACGUCUCCAUGACAACCUUUAAUGUAAGGGAACCCGGAGGAUCAAACGUAACGAGUUCGCGGAAGUCGUGGAGUUGUUAAACGUCACUAGAGUUUGACUAGUUUGACCUGACUGAAAUAACAACAAGUCCGACAUCUAAAACGAAAUUACAACUUUACGUAACUUUACAGGCAAAACAUUUCAAGUAUGUUUAAGAACUGGGGAACUUGGCUUGGAAUAGAACACGAUAAUGACCAAGUUAAGCAAGAAAGCGAGUCUGAUGUUGAUAAUAAUGGCGACAAGAAGCCAGAAGUAAGCCCAGCAACUGGACCUGCGGAGGCUCAGCAGGGCAGCCACGGAGAUGCCCAACGUCCUCAGCUUGUCCAGAAGACUAAAGGCUUCAGUGAAUACAUUUAUAGCUUUGCCAGCAGUGCCUCGAAGAAAUUUUCUGAGUCUGUUGCUGAAACAGCACAAACCUUAAAGAAAAGUGUGGAGGAGGGGAAGAUUAAUGGGAUUAUGGAUAAGACAAUUUUGGGUGAUUUCCAGAAAGAACAGGAGAAGUUUGUUCAAGAGAAAAAAGCAAAGAAGUCUGGCGCAGCUUUACCACCUUGGGUUGGUUACAAUGAAGAGGAGACAAUGCAACAACAAAUUUUAGCUCUUUCAUCUGACCAAAGAAAUUUUUUGCGAGACCCUCCUGCUGGAGUACACUUUCACUUUGACUUUGAGCAAAUGUAUCCUGUUGCCAUGGUGAUGCUAGAGGAAGAUGAGCUGCUCAGGAAAAUGCGCUUCCAUCUGGUCCCAAAACAGGUGAAAGAGGAAGCCUUCUGGAAAAAUUACUUCUAUCGUGUGUCCUUGAUAAAACAGUCAGCUCAGCUCACAGCCCUGGCAGCACAACAGGCAGCUGAGUGGAAAGACAAGGAGAAAGCUGGCUCAAGUCCUGAGGCUGUUCAUCAAAAUGAUGGUGUUAAAAGGAAAGGAGCCCCUGCCAUCAGCAGUUCCAAACCAAAAUCCAGUGAGGAUGAAGAGGAGAUUUCCACCAGUCCACCUGUCGCUGAAUUUGUGAGUGACGCUUUUGACUCAUGCAAGAUAAAUGAAGACGACCUACGCAAAGAAAUGGAACAACUAGUUCUAGACAAGCGGGAACAUGCAAAUCCACAGUCGGCAUUGGGUUUUUCAGCAGAAACUGCAGACUGGGAGAGGGAGCUGCAGGAAGAGCUCCAGGAGUACGAUGUGUUGGCGGAAGACGAAAACCACGAUGAAGGCUGGGACAAGGAGAUUGAGGACAUGCUAAAGGAGGACAGUUAGAGGGUGUCCACAGUCUGACAGUCCACUACAGCCUUUUCUGUUUGAAGGACACCUGCCAACAGUUGUUACAGUCCCAGUGCAAUACUCCCAAGGUAUUUAGUGUAAUUCUACAAAACCUUGUAACUACUUCAGUAUAUUUUAGGACACAGUUCAUCCUCUGACUGAGCCAUUCUUUUUAUAAAAAUGAAACAUAUUCUUGUUGGUUAAUUGUAAAGUAUAGUAACCUCUUAAUGUCACUUGUUUAUGCAAUACUGUAAAUAAUGGCAUACACAGUGAACUUUAUAUGAAAUGGACCAAAGAACUUAGGAACGUAUUUGUUUGAUCAAAAUGAUUAAAUGAAUGAUUGAACAUAUUUUCGACCAAAAGCAUUGUCUAUACAUGCACACACGCAUGCACACACACCUACACACACACACACACACACACACACGGGAUGACUGAUAUAAUGUACUUUGAAGAUAUGCCAGUGCAAACAAGCUCCCUUCUUCCUGUUUAUAUCAGAAACUACUCAAAUUCCAUUGUCUUUUGUGUCUGUACUUAUGUACCGUGCAGGCUGCAUUGUAUUGUUACAUUUGAUUAAACUUUAUCAUGUAUUACUGCCUAAA